AUGGCUUAUAGUAGGGCUUUUUCUGAAGAAUCAUUAAGAGAGAUUCUACUGAGUUUACCUGUGACAUCGUUGUGUAGAUUCAAAUGUGUGUGCAAAAAUUGGGGCAAUCUUAUCAAUAACCCUAGCUUCACUAUAGACCACUGUAAGAAGAAGAAGCCUCCGCAACACUUGAUUUAUGAUUAUGAUGCAACCGAUGCUCCUACUGUCACUUUGGUUUCCGAUAAGGGUAUAGAUGAACAAAAAAUUUUUCAAAGAUUUGGAGAUAAUAUUACCAACUUGUUAGGUUCUAUUGAUGGUGUGUUUUUCAUAGAAAGACAAAUUGAUAAUGCCAUUUUGUGUACAUUAUGGAAUCCAGCUAACAGAGAGGUGAGACACCUCCCUGCCGCAACAAUUGAUUUUAUACCUUACGAUAAACACUAUCGUGAUAUAGUGUUCGGAUUAGAGCCUAUGACUAAGGAUUAUAAAGUGCUUUACUAUAAUGCUUUGGAAGAAUAUGCAGCGAUCUACUCAUGUUCUAGGGAUUCAUGGAAAAUAUUCAAACAUAACCUAGACGUAGACAUAGAGGGAAAUAAUAUAUUUGAACGAAAUAGUUUAAAAACUACAGAUUAUCUGAAUGGAUAUUACUAUUGGCUGGUAAGGGAGAAUAAUAAAUGUAGAAUUGUUUCAUUUGACUUUGGGAAUGAGGUGUUUGUAGAUAUGGAAGGGCCACCACGUGGUCACGAGGAUUAUCAUUGGUUGGCAUAUCUGAUAUUGCUUGGUGACUCCCUUGGCAUCUUGAACUUUGUCGACGGGUUUGUUCAUGAUGUAUGGCGGUUGCCUCGUGUUCAUCGCGAAUCUGCAAUUGAGGAUUUUCUGCAUCUGCAGUCCCCUGUAAACACAACAAUCUCUGUAUUUGAUUCACCAUGGUGGAAGUCACAGACCCUAACACCAGCUCAACAGGAAACAAUACAAUCGAUUCCCCUGUAA